GUGGUGGUGUUGGGCGCCUCGCGAACCAAUGGGAAGGCGGGCGGUUAGGUGUGGGCAGGGCCGCGGCUGGCCAGCCAAUCAGCCGCAGGCGCGGCGUGAUUUAAACAUCCACUAAGGAGUUGAAGCUGCGUGUUUAUUGCGUUGUUGGCUUCUCCCGGUGAAGGAUGCCGAGCCGCCCCGAGGACUAUGACGUUCUCCUCACCAUCGGCGCCGGGUCCUACGGCAGGUGCCAGAAGAUCCGGAGGAAAGCGGACGGCAAGGUCUUGGUCUGGAAGGAACUUGACUAUGGAUCUAUGACAGAAUCUGAAAAACAGAUGCUCGUUUCUGAGGUGAACUUGCUCCGUGAGCUGAAACAUCCAAACAUAGUCCGAUAUUAUGAUCGUAUAAUUGACAGGACAAACACAACUCUUUAUAUUGUGAUGGAAUAUUGUGAAGGUGGAGACUUGUCUACACUUAUUGCAAAGUCUACAAAAGAAAGGCACUACUUGGAAGAGAUUUUUGUCCUUCGAGUUCUUACUCAGUUGACCUUGGCCUUGAAGGAGUGUCAUAGGCGGAGUGAUGGGGGUCAUACUGUCCUUCAUCGGGAUUUAAAGCCAGCAAAUAUUUUUCUCGAUGGAAAGAGAAAUGUGAAACUUGGUGAUUUUGGCCUUGCUAGGAUUCUUCACCAUGACACUAGUUUUGCAAAAACAUUUGUUGGAACACCAUACUACAUGUCUCCAGAACAAAUAAACCGCAUGUCCUACAAUGAAAAAUCUGACAUUUGGUCUCUAGGAUGUCUUCUAUAUGAGUUGUGUGCAUUGUCGCCUCCGUUUACUGCUUUUAACCAAAAAGAGUUAGCAGAAAAGAUAAGAGAAGGAAAAUUUAGACGGAUCCCUUAUCGUUAUUCAGAUCAGCUGAAUGAGCUUAUCACAAAGAUGCUGAACCUAAAGGAUUAUUGUCGGCCUUCAGUUGAAGAAAUUCUGCAAAACCCUUUGAUUACUGAUUUGGUGUCUGAGGAGCAAGGAAGGAUCUUGGAGAGAAAGGGGCGGCGAUCUGGAGAACAUGAUAAAGUUGAAAGGCUUUCUGGAACUCCAGCGAAUGAGCUGAAACUGAAGGAGCAGCAGCUGCAAGAGAGGGAAAAAGCCCUAAAAGAAAGAGAGUUUAGGCUGGAACGUAAGAAUCCAUGUAGCAAAGAGCGAGAGCGGGAACUGUGUGUUCGAGAGAGGCUGGCAGAAGACAAACUGGCUAGGGCUGAGAACUUGAUGAAGAAUUACAGCUUUCUCAAGGACCAGAGACUCAUGUUGCCAACAAGCAGCCCAGGUGAUGUAUUACCAGGCUUUCCUACAAGAAAAAAGAAGGUCCAGUUUGGUGAUGAAGGUAAAGAAAAUGAGCAGUCUGUGGACAGCCUGGAGAAUUUUCCUCUCUCCAAACAAAAAGGAUACAACCUAAAGAAACGCCUCUAUGCUGCUAACUUGCGUGCUCAAGCUCUGUGCGAACUGGAGAAACACUAUCAGCUGAAAAGUCACCAGCUUCUAGGGAUGCGUUGAAGACAUGUGAAUUUCCACAUUUUGUAUAUAGAAUUCUCCUUGUGUUUUAUGUGCUGUCCUUUUACAUAUCAGCUUUUAUGUGUUUAUAGUGAAAAUAUGUGUAGGCUGGAUUUAGAAAAGAUGCUAAAGCAUUUCAAACUAUGUAAAAAUACAGCUUGGUAAAAUAUAUUUAGAUCUUCCUGCUCAGACAGUUUGCAUUUUGAUGCUGUUUUUCCAACAUUGAUGGAGGAUGUAGAUUGGUUUUUUUAAAGGGUUGGAAAUUAUUUUUUAACGAAGUGCAUUACAGUGCAGAUAAAGUUACUGUGCCCUGUCGAAAGAAGAGUUUUUUUUUUAAAUAAAAAAAACCAUGCUUUCCAAACUUUGAAUAAAUACGGUCAUUAAUUUCAAGGAGAACAGCCCCAGGGAAAAUACCGGAUGCAACUAGAGCUAAGUCCAUAUAAAGCUUCCUGAACUUUUUACCUUAGACUCCAGAGGCAGGAUUUGUGAUGGGGAAUUUCUGGCACUACAAAAGUUGGAUAUGCCAAACCUUAUGGAAGUUAAGAGUGCAGCAUCUGUUGGGGAGGGCACAGGUUUCCUGUCUUUGCUUUGGGGUCCUAACCUCGUGAUAGCAGAUGUCUUGUUUCUUCCCCAUUAGUCCUUGGAAAGUUUGGAUUAUUGUUGUUGGAAAUCUGGAAAAAAAUGGAGCAUUGCCUCAUUUAUAAAAAAGAUAAUUUGUUUCAAACCAACCUAAAGUGUACCUAGACAAUGCCUUUCCAACCUUGUUCUUCAAUGUAGUUACCAGAUGUGAGUAUAAAUCAAAGUUUGGAGAUCUCGGAAACAAUUAUAGGCAGUUUGCUUUUGUUAAAGAGUGCUUUUUAUACAUUAAAUAAGAAAUCAAACAAGAGAA